AUGGAACCCAUUACCGGAGGCAUCCACGAUUCCCCAAAUUCUCAAAACUCCCUCGAAGUUGAAUCCCUUGCUCGAUUCGCCGUCGAUCAACACAACGCCAAACAGAAUUCACUUCUGGAGUUUGGAAGAGUGGUGAAAGCACAGGAACAGAUUGUUGCUGGUACAAUGCAUCACCUUACUAUUGAGGUUGUUGAUGCGGGUGAGAAGAAGAUCUAUAACGCUCAAGUGUGGGUUAAACCCUGGUUGAAUUUUAAACAACUUCAUGAGUUCAAGCAUGCUGGUGAUGGUGACGGACCUUCAUUUACUUCUGCUGAUCUUGGUGUCAAAAAGGAUGGCCCCAAGCCGGGGUGGCAGUCUGUGCCAACAGAAGACCCUCAAGUUCAGGAUGCAGCAGAUCAUGCUCUUAAGACCAUCCAGCAGAGGUCCAAUUCAUUAGUGCCCUAUGAACUCCAUGAGGUUUCUGAUGCGAAGGCUGAGGUCAACGAUGAUGUUGCUAAGUUUGAUUUGCUUCUCAAGCUCAAGCGAGGAGAAAAACAAGAGAAGUUCAAGGUAGUGGUGCACAAGAAUAACGAAGGGACUUUCCAACUUAAUCACAUGGAAGCAGAUAAUUCCUAG